AGCAAUAAUAAAUCAGGAUAAAAAACACUGCAAUAGUGAUUAUUAGUACUUAUCGAUUGUGAUUCUUGAUGUGAUAUGAUAUAGUUUUCAAAGUUUGCCAAGAUGCUUCAUUAUAUUCUGAUAAUAUUAUACAUUUGUUCUUCUAUAAGCGCUGAAGAAGUUCAAGAAUCAACAUUUAUAAUAUCCUUAAACAACACAUAUUCAAAUGACGAGCUAUACAGCAGUAUAAUUGAUGUAACAAACAAAUCUAAAACCCACUUUCAAUUCACUGAUGUUAAUAAAAAUAUCUCCUUCGUUGUCUUUCAAAUGCAUAGUCAAUUUUACAAUAUUACUAUGCGGAAUGAAACUUGUUUCAACAAUAACAAGUCAAACCGUACAUGUGAGACAUUAACUGGGACGAAUAUAGGUUUAUUUAGCACAACACCUAUAUCUGACAUGUCGGUGAUUAAUAUGAAUAAUAAAGAUUUGAAAAUAUUGAUAGCGGUCCAUGGAUACAUUUAUGAUGAUCCUGUACCCGGCGGUUGCAACUUAGAUGGCCCUAUAGAAAUACCGCCAUUCGUUUCAACAACCACAUCGCCAUACAGAGACUACAUAAGCGUCACCGCUCCAGCUCCCAGUCCUAGCUUAGCUCCCGAUAUGUGUGAACAGACUUUCAAAAGUUUGACAUUCUAUAGAUUGUAUUUGCCUGAAAGGGAUUUUAGUAUGGAAUCGUACUUCGGGGGGAUAAAAGCAAUGAUGAGCUAUCCUAGUGUUUUGGAGAACGGUGAAGAGAUACCCGAAACUCAUCGGUCUAACGUCCGCCGUACCAUGAGCGCGUACCCCGGCACGGGGGCAGUGUUCGUCGCUGUAGCACUGUUUAUGAAUUAUAAUGGCACUGCUACACUCACUCCCCGGUGGUCUAUAUAUGUACCGACUGUUACGUAUAUCUGCUCGCCUUUGGUGGAGGACGACUGCCUAUUGCUUGAUGAUCUGCUAUCCCAAGUGCUUUGCGCGUCUCUCCUCUUCGUGGGCUUGUUUGUGUGCUACUUCGGGCACAAGUUCUUCAAGACGGAGAUGUUCAUGUUCGGGAUGCUGAGCGGAGUCAUCAUCACUUACAUACUGAUCUCGCUGAUUGCUGAGAUGGAGCAAGCCCCUCUGAUUGGUGCCUCCUUCCUCUCCGGGAUCCUGUUCGGUUUUAUCUGGCUGACGUUCUGGUGGUUCUACGGCAUUCCUGUGUUCUCCGUGCUUCUGGUCACCCUUAGCUUCGGCUUUUUCGCUGCCUGUGUCCUGUACCAUCAAAUUCCUGGUGGCCUGACAAUGCUGCUGGAAGACCUAAACUUCUGGACACUCUUCAUCCUAGAGAUGCUCCUGACAGCUGUCAUUCUAACACCUGCCACGUACCCAGCAAACAUCCUCUGUUGCGCUGUGCUUGGCGCGUACGCGGCUAUAUACCCUAUUGACUACUGCUUAGGGUCUAAUUUGAAGUAUAUAGUCAUUAACACUGUGAGACGGGCCACUGUUGACAAGUUUCACUACGCUGUGCUGUCACCGCCUUUUGAAAAAAAUGAUGCCCUACUAAUUCUCCUAUGGGUGAUGCUGGCCGUAACUGGAUUCCUGUUCCAACAUUACCACAACCGCGGGAAGCCCCCCUUCCCACCCCCGCCGAGGAACAUUCGAGAGUGCCCCGAGGGUUACGGAUCUGUCACCCCUUACUCACGCUUGGGCUCUGCUUCGGCACCGCCUCUACGGUCUACUGCCAGUCUUACAAGCAGCGAAAACACCCCUCUGCUGGCCUAA